CAGCAUGGCAGAGUCAUAGAAUCAUCUGUCUGCAGGGAGAGAGCCUGGGGGGAAUCGAGGCGUGACGUGGACUCCAGCCCCUUAUGAAACCUCCCCAAUCUUCCUGCUCCGCUGACAGGCUGAGAAAUCGCUUCCACGUUUCACUCCAGAUCGUCCCGUCUUCCAGGAGACAGGGCAGGGAAAUGGCUGUGCUGGAGCCAGCUCAGAUGCCGGUGACCUUCGAGGACGUGGCUGUGUAUUUCACCCAGGGGCAGGGGGCUCUGCUGGACCCUGCUCAGAGAGCCCUCUACAGGAAUGUCAUGUGGGAGAUCUAUGAAACGGUGACCUCGUUGGGAUUCCCCAUUCCCAAACCUGACCUGAUCACUCAGCUAGAACAAGGGAAAGAGCCAUGGGUGCCCGAUCUUCAGGCCUGUGAGAAAAGAGAGAUCCCGAGAGGCGCCCAAACAGGCAAUAAAUACUGGAGAGAAAACACUUCGAUGGUUGGACUGUGGGGAACACUUCAAUAAGUGCUCAGAUCUUGCUAACCAUGGGAGAAGCCAUGAGGGAGAGAGACCCUCUCAGUACCUUGAGGGCAGGAAUUGUUUGAAUUGGAAGUCAGCGCUGAUUACACAUCAGAAAAUCCACACAAGGGACAGAACACAUAAGUGCUCAGACUGUGGGAAAAGUUUCACCUGGAAAUCAGCCCUUGUUAGACAUCAGGCAAUCCACACUGGAGAGAGACCCCAUAAGUGCUUGGACUGUGGGAAAAGUUUCAUACAGAGGUCAAACCUUGUUAAU